AACCCCAUUUUCGUUUCUCCAAGCUCAGCUCUCCUUGUUCUUUUUCUUCGAUUUUUUCCUUGCCGAGUGGAAGUAGGUAGAGAAAGCUGAGUCAGACCUAAGUUAAAACUCGACAACAUUGUCGCUGAUCACAGUUCUGGCUCCGAUGAACCCUUUUUGGCCUGAAAAUCAACAAGUCAGAACUCAAUUUCGUUAUUUUGGUUGAUAUCAAGGUUGAAUCGCGAAAUGGGUGUGGAUAGAGAGCAUUGCAGCAAUGGAGUUGAAGGAGAGUAUUAGUGUCGAACAAAAUCAAAUUGAAGUGAAAUUGUGAGUUGGAUAGGAGGAGGAAUCUCAGAAUUAACAUAAUCCAUCAGCUGGGAUUGUUAUCGUUCUUAUCCAAUUGCGAAAGGAUGAGGAUUCGAGUGGUGUGUGUUGGCCUUGUGCAUUGAAGCUCUCUAGUUUUGUUUGUUAUUUGUUUUGUUUUCUUCUUGCUUUUACCCAAAAGGAAAAAAAAGGUGUGGGGUGUGUUGUGCAACAGUAAUUUACAGGUUACCGGUACAUUUUCCUAUUGAAAGAAGCCACGAGUCUUCUCAUUUUUGGGCAAGUCAUGGUAUUUCUGCUACUGUAAGGGCCAUGGAUGAAUGUGUUUGGCUGCAGAAAGCAUCAAACUUUCUGAUUGCUGCCAGAUUUUUUUAGACCUAAAGCUGUCACCUUUAAAUUGUGGAAGAUUUUAACAAGUCUUCAAUUGGAAAGUUUAGGGGAUUUUUUGGGGUCUAGAUGGUGAGGUGUUGAGGGUAGGUAGAGAGGGUGGCCAUAAAUUUGGCCUGCUUGGAUCUCAAACCCUAAAAUCACCAGAGCUGGAUCUUCUUUCUUUCUUGGUUGACAGACAUCAAAAACAAAUAGACACAGCCUCUGGUAAAGACCCAAAACAGAACGAAGGAAAGGUCAGAUUUUACUGUCUUUGGAGCCAAGAUCAUCUUUGAUUUUUAUGUAUCUCAUUUCUUGGUUUUUCACUCUUGGAUUUGGUUGAUUUUGACUCCUUGAUUCCUUGACCUCAAAAGUACUAAGGAAUUAGAUUACUACCUGUAUUGAUUGUUAAGCACCCGGUAGCUGCCAUUUGGGCUCCAUAAUUUAUUGUUGGGUUGAUUUGCUCGUCUUUGACCAGAUAAAAACCAUAUUAGUUUAUUUGUGGGCACCUAAUUGAAGACGUUAGUUGCUUAAUUUGAGGAUUGCAAUUUCUUUUUUCUGUACUGCUGGUCCUGGAUUUUUGGGAGCUAAAAGCACCUGCUUUUUUCACUUACUGUCCUUGGCUUUCAAUUGAUUGUUUGUUGUAUUUAAUAGUGUUUGAGAACGAUCAGGAAUAGAAAGAUGCAUGCUAGGCACCGAAGUCCUGGAAAUGGUUACAGGUCUAGUUCUAUGGGGAUGGGUGCCUCAAGGAUAUCCCCAGAUAGUUCAGCCAGAGGCCAUGGGUUUUACAAUUCUGAGUACAGAAGCUUCAAUAAUCGUGGCUUUGGCCGUGGCCAGGGCCAUCCCAAAACUUUUCAACAGCCACCCCAGCCACCACCACGCAAAGGAGACAUUUUGAUGGAAGCUGGUAGACUUGCAGCUGAAUAUUUAGUUUCCAAGGGAUUGUUACCUCAAAAUGCACUUUCUGGUAAGUGGCAGAAUGGUAGUUUGAGGAAGCAAGCUGGAGAUUAUCAAGAUUUUAGGGUACAAGAGGACCUUACACAGGAGGGCAGAACAUCUGCCCAUUCCCGCCUAGGAAGCGUUGGUUCUGAUGCUGGAGCAGGUAGGAGAAGGUAUUCUGAUGACUUCAAUUCGAGGAGCCAUGUAAGAGGUAGGAGGAAAGGAGAGUAUUAUCAUCGCAGUUAUAGUUCAGAGUGGGGCAGAGAAUAUGGGAGGAGUGGGUCGUGGUCAGAUAGAAAUCGGAUGUCUCUUGAUAUGGAGGGGCCUGAUGACUCUAUUUCUGGAAAUUAUGAAGAGCAUCAAGUCGGUGAAGAUGUUGGUGAUGGGAAGUUUGGUCAGAGUGCGUCAGCACUAGAAACUGAGGAAGCAACUGAUAUUGAAUCAGGAGCAGAGUUCAACAAUGCAGAUGAAAUGGGUUCCAAGGCAAGUUCUUUUAGCAAUGGGAAAGAUGAGACUGAUGGGGAACCUUCCAAGGUGUCUGAUGAUUUGACAAACUUGAAUUCUGGGAAUGAGGAGAUGGACUACGAUCAUGGUCAUGAAACUGAGACACAAAGUAUUUCCGAGGACUUAACUAUCCAGCCCUGUGCAGUAGAGGGUGAUCUCUCUAGCAAGCAUGGAUCUGAUUUACUAACAUUCUGCAAAUUUGUGAAGGUCCCAACCAGAACACGCUCUGCAUUGACAUACAGGUCCCCCCAGGUUGACCAAGUUCCUAAUAAGGAAGAGGAAAAUGCAUCUGAUAUUGGGCCUCCCAAAGAGUCUGAAGUCUCAGUUCCAGAUGGCACUCUUGAUUUCUCCACAGCUGAUUCACUACCAAAUAUGACUCGUGAUUCAAAAUGUGAUCCUGAAAUGUCUAAAUUAGUGUCUGCACAUUCUAAUGAGGAUAUCAGAGAAGUAGGCCCCCCAUAUGGUUCUGGGCAGGGUAAAUGCAUGAGGUCUCAAUCCUUUCCAGAGAGAGCUUUUAAGUGUGACAGUGAACAAGAAUCAAGUCAGGGGAUUGCAGGCUUUGGAAGGUCCACAUCGGUUAAGGAGAGAGGUGAGAAACGAACUGCUGAAGAUGACAUGAAUGGGGAAUCCAAGAAGACGAGAGAAUGGCUUCCAUCCUUGGUUAGCACAGCUCAUGACCAUCUUCAUCUCUCUAAUUUAAGUCAAAAUCAAGAUAGUUCACAAGCAGGGAACGCAUCACCUGAUCAUCCAAUGAUUGUUGCUGUCACUCGAGACAACUUGGUGAAUAGUCAUCAAUUUCCAAAGUCAGGUGGUGAACCAAGUGCUGAUUAUGCGCAAGAGAAACAACUUUUUCCGAGUUCGUUUAAGAUCUGUGACCUCAAUUUAAUGGAAGCUGCUGAUAUGAAUGAUUAUCAUUGUAAUGACCCAGUACUUGUGUACCCGUCUAUGCCAGCAAUCAAAGAGGAAGCAGCACGGGUUGACAUUGAUUUGUCAAUAAGCAAUGCAAAUAAUGGCAAACAUAUUGAAGUCAUUGAUUUGGAGAAUGAUUCCAGCUUAGAAGAUAAGGCUUUUGAUAAUUCACAGCGAAAGGAAACAACAUUUACUGGCACAGAAGGGUUUCCCAAUAAUGCACAGAAUGCUGGAGAUAUAAGUGAGGUUCCAGAUAGCUAUGAUGGUCUUAUGAUUUCUGAGUUUCUCAACACUUUUUCAAACUGUAAUUCAGUAAGAGAGGACAUCAAUCCACUGCAGAAUGAGAUGAGUCUUCAUAAUGGAGAGGGGAAUCUUGGUGAUGAUGACUCCAUUUACAUGUCGCUGGGAGAAAUACCAUUAAGUAUGCCAGAUAUUUAAUUUCAUGGCUUUAUACCAGCUUGGGAGCAGCCAACACCACAGGAGUAUGGGAAGCCCUUUUAAUCUUCAAUCGUUCAAAUCUGCAAGGGAAUACUAGUUGGUGUGCUUACUAUUGGUCAUUUGGGUUCUUUUGUUGCGUUGACUAGCUCAAUCCAAAUGCAACCCUGCUUUGGUUUUAAUUUUGAAGUUGCUCAUAAAAGGUGCAAGUAAAUGUCUCUUGUAAGAAUUUUAGGAAUGGUGUAUGUUUUUCUUUUAUUGGCUGUCGUGCUCAUUUGAUAUAUUAGAAAAGUGUUUAUCAUAUUUGAUUAGAUGUGGUUCAGGAAUCCAUCUGUCUGAAGCCAUUGAAAAUCCCCGGAGAUUUGAUUUUCCCAACAGAUUUGUUUAUUGGAAUUUGCGUUCUUUUCAUAGUA